AACUCUUCCGUAGUCCUGUUGAUAUUAUGAUGAUCAUAAAUGAAGUGAUCAUUAUAGAUAAGGUAUAGUUAGGAACUCAAGUCUCUUAGGGUGGAAUCACCGACAAAGUUGAAGAAUGAAGGUUUUAAGUGCUGUUUUCUGUGUCUUAUAUGGACUGAUUGGCUCCGUUGUUUCCUUUCAUUGCGAUGAAAAUGCUGCACAAUGUUUUACAUCACUAGAUAUAAAAUCCGCUUUCACAAUGAUUGGCGAAGGAAACAUCAGUCAAGUGUACGUAAAGGAUCGGGCAAUUUAUCCAAUAAAUGCAGACAUAACCGACCAAGUUUCUGUAGAUGAUAUAAUAACUGCUGACGGUUGGAAUCAAACAAGACAUUUAAUUACUGCCAACGGAUCAAUGCCAGGACCAUCUAUUAUCAUUUAUGAAAACCAGAAAAUAACGAUUCUAGUUACAAACAAUAUGAUAAAUGAAGCAGUGACUAUUCACUGGCACGGUAUUGACCAACUUGGACACCCAGCAAUGGAUGGCGUUGCAUUUGUUUCUCAAUGUCCGAUACUUCCAGGACAGACUUUUGAUUACACCUUCCAACCAACAUUUGGGGGUUCCUACUGGUAUCACUCACAUGUAGGUAAUCAACGAGAUAUGGGCUUGUACGGUGCAUUUAUAGUUCUCAGAAAAAGGGACCCAGUACCAUUUAAAUUCCAACAUAUUGUACAGAUACAAGAAUGGAAUCAUCUAUAUAACGCAAUGGACCUAUUGUAUGCAAAUGUGAAAAAUGAGGUAAAAUCCCCAAAUUCUAUUUUGAUCAAUGGAAGAGGAGAGUUAAAAGAUAACCUUGCUCCUCUAGAAAUAUUUCAUGUUAAUAAAGGAGAUCGAUGUUUGUUUAGACUUAUAGGGGUAGGAUCAAUGCACGUACUCUUGUUUUCUAUACCUGGUUUAAAGUUAAAUGUAACAGAAACUGAUGGUUUUGAGGUUGUUCCAACUGUCGUUGACAAAAUUAUCAUAUAUCCCGCUGAACGUUAUGAUUUUGAACUCGAUCUGGAUUAUGCAAAGGAGGGUAUACAUAACAUUACUGUCAGUAUCCUUUCGUCACACGAACUUACAAUUGAACCUCCUAUUGGACUUGGGUUUCUUAAUGUUUCUAACAGUAAUAAUCUACCAGCAAAGGUUUACGAACAAAAUAUAAAAAAUAGAGUCCUGAAUUGUCCGUUUGAAACCUACCCUCGUGAGAAAGACAUCAUUUGCAUUCCUGUUAAUGAAUUGAAAGACAGGGGAAUUGUAGAAGAUGAAAACUUUUUUGCUUUCGCUUUCGAGACUACACAAGAGUCAACUGAAACAGCAUUACAUUUCUUGAAUUUCGGUUUUCCAAAAGGUGAUUCCUCCAUAAAUGGUCGAAUAAUUCGUUGGCCAACCGUAUCCGCUCUUACACAGCCAUAUGAGGUUGACACUGACUGUAGUAAGUGUACUGAUGAAGACACGUGUCACUGUAGCCAUUCACUAAACUUAAAAACUGGGUCUGACAUCAUUAUGGUUUUACUUAAUCUUGGCACCGGAGCUUUCAUUUCGCAUCCUAUUCACAUGCAUGGCCAUACUUACAAAGUUCUCAAAAUGGAAUUUCCUGAAGUUGCUAUUGAUGGCAAAUUUAAGUUUACAGAAGAUAUAGAAUGCAGCAAUUCACUUCAAAAUAGUGACAGCAGUUGUAAUAACGCACGAUGGAGGAAUUCGUCGUGGAAUGAUUACAAUAAAAUCCCUGGUAUAAAUACAAUAGAUGCUGUACGUAAAGACACAAUAGUUGUACCAUACGGAGGAUAUGUGAUAAUCAAAAUAAAAGCUGCAAACCCGGGAGUAUGGUUCAUGCACUGUCACAUUGAUAAACAUAUGGUGGAAGGUAUGGCACUGAUGCUGAAUGAAUCUUUCGAGAACACUGGGCAAUAUAUUCCAAAUGGAUUACCAACAUGUCAUAGCUAUCUGACGGAAAUGUCAGGUAAACUAAGCGCAACAUCUGCAUCUCAAACAAGUUCUACAACAGAUUCAAAACCAUAUAUCCUGGGUGCUGUUAUUGGUGUUUUGGCAGUUGCUGUCCUACUGUUGAUUGGUUAUAUGAUAUUGAAAAGGAGGACAACCUCAACAGCUUCAAAUAAUGCAGAAAUGACACCGCCGAGUACUUAGAAUGAUUUAACCGUUAACAUUGAGUUUCUCUCCUUUAUAAAAUGUACAUGAUGUAUUGUGCUGGCUUAUCUGAAUAUUUAUCAUUCUAUAUAUUCUUACAAAUUAUACAUGUAACUCUAUUAAUUAAAAAUUGAAUAAUAAAACUAUGAUAAUCAUAUCCCUUUAUUUUUUUUAAGCAAGCAAAGAUGUCAAAUUCAUUGUUUUUCUUUUAUAUGAAAUAAAGUUAUAAAGAUGUAA